AUGCAACCAAGCAUCCGAAGUUCCAUGACUGGAAGCGUUUCCCUGAACUCAACGACAUCACCUUACGCGCAGACUAAUACCCAUCCAUGUCUUUGCUGCAAGAGACCGCACUUCUUGCGACACUGA